AUGACAAUUGUCACCAUGGAGACCAAAGAAGAGACUCAAGUUAACCCCACCAUGAAGAAAGCCCUUCUCAUCUUAAACUGCAUCAUACUAUCCAUAGGAAACUGUGGUGGUCCUCUAAUGAUGCGCCUCUACUUCAUCCAUGGAGGCAAACGUGUUUGGCUCUCUGCCUGGCUUCAAACUGGCGGUUGGCCGAUCAUUCUAAUCCCCCUUGCCAUAACCUACUUUCACCGCCGUCCAACCGAUCCCACCACUAAACUCUUCUAUACGAAGCCUCCUUUGUUCAUUGCCGCCGCCAUAAUUGGUGUCCUUACUGGUCUGGACGACUAUCUUUAUGCUUAUGGUUUAGCCCGUCUCCCUGUUUCUACUUCUUCUUUGAUUAUUGCCACACAAUUAACUUUCACAGCUGGUUUUGCUUUCCUUUUAGUUAAACAAAAGUUCACUUCUUAUUCGAUAAACGCUGUUGUUUUGUUGACGGUUGGGGCUGGAGUCUUGGCUUUGCAUACUGGUAGUGACAAGCCUGCUCAUGAAUCGAAUAGAGAGUAUAUUCUGGGGUUUAUCGUGACACUUGGAGCUGCGGCUCUGUAUGGCCUUAUCUUGCCGUUGGUGGAAUUGACAUACAAGAAGUCUAGGCAGGAAAUCAACUACACGCUUGUGAUGGAGAUUCAGAUGAUUAUGUGUUUGUUUGCUACUGUCUUUUGUACCGCAGGGAUGCUCGUUAACAAAGACUUCCAGGUCGGUUUCUCUAAAUUUUCUUACAUACUAUAA